AUGAUCGACGAUCUCACAACUGGCUCAGAGGACAGCUUCUCUAAUAGCUGGAUUUCUUGGUUCUUAUCAACAAAAGGAAAUGAAUACUUUUGUGAAGUCGACGAGGAGUACAUAUUGGAUAGGUUCAACCUCACUGGCUUAAACAACGACGUACAAAACUACUCUCAAGCACUUGAACUCAUCACUGAUUCACUCGAUGACGAGGACCUCGACGACGAGCAAAGGGACGCCAUAGAGAAUAGUGCUAGAUAUUUAUACGGAUUAAUACACGCUAGAUACAUUAUCACCUCUCGUGGAUUGGCGAAAAUGCUUGACAAAUACAGGAAGACGGAUUUCGGUAGAUGUCCACGCGUUUUUUGCGCGUCACAGCCACUUCUUCCCGUUGGUUUGAGCGAUGUUCCAUACACGAAAGCUGUCAAACUUUAUUGUCCAAGAUGUGAAGACCUCUACUCACCAAAAUCUAGCCGUCAUGGCUCCAUAGAUGGUGCAUACUUUGGUACAUCAUUCCCUCAUAUGUUGUUCUUGGUAUAUCCUCAACAUUUACCAUCAAAAACGACGAAUUCACUUCCAUCUACUUCAACACCUACAACAUCUGCUCAUGCAGCUAUAGGUGUUGAUAGAUACCUACCAAAGAUAUUUGGCUUCCCUGUCCAUGAAAUGGCAAAACACGCUAGAUGGCAGGAAGCUCAAAGAGAUCUGCAGAUAUCUAGAUUAGAGGAGUCAUCUCGUGACCCAUCCUACGUCUAGAAAGUUACUUUUUUCAUUUCAGCAUAUGUAUUAUAUUAUUAAUAGUUACGGCGAAU